AUGCCUUCAGCAGAACUAUCAUGGCCGGAGCGCCAGACUGCCAUCAUCGCCAAUGCGACUGGCGAUCUCGUUGUGUCGCAAGAUGUGCAGCUGCCGGAGUUGGAGCCAGACAUGCUCAUCGUCAAGACCGUGGUCGUCGCGGUUAACCCGUGCGAUAUGAAGAUGACAGGUCCAAUGGCUAGUGAAGGCGCCAUUUCGGGCGGUGAUUGUGCUGGCAUUGUCAUUGCCAUUGGCUCUGAGGUACCUGAGGGCAGGUUCGCCGUUGGAGAUCGUGUUUGCGUAGCAGUCCAGUCCAUGAACCCGCUUCUACCUCGAGUUGGCGCAUUUGCGCAAUACGUCGGUGCAACCGCCGACUUCACACUCAAGAUUCCUGAUGACAUGACGUUUGAAGAGGCAUCGACUCUGGGAAUCAGUACUGCCACCAUCGGUUAUGCUUUAUUCAAGUCAUUGAACAUUCCAGGCCACCCCGACAAGCCAGCGGCGAAGCCAGCCUACGUCCUAGUCUACGGAGGCAGCACCGCGACAGGAACAAUUGCCAUCCAGCUAAUCCGCAGGUCGGGUCUGAUCCCCAUCACCACCUGCUCGCCGAAGAACUUCCCGCUCGUAGAGCGACGCGGCGCCGAAAAGGCAUUUGACUAUCACGAUGCCGAUAGCGUAAAGGAGAUCAAGGCGUAUACUAAGAACGCGCUGUACUAUGCGUUGGACUGUUUCUGCGACAGCACCAGCAUGCGCUUCUGCUACAGCGUGCUAGGACGUGCUGGCGGGCGCUACACCACGCUGGAGUACUACAAUACAGAGCUACACUCUCGCAAGACAGUCAAGCCGGACUGGAUCCUCGGAGUGGCACUAUUUGGCAAAAAAGUCGGCUGGAAGGAGCCAUAUAACCUGGAGGGUGAUCCGGAAUUGCGCACCUUUGGAAAAGUCUGGUUUAUGACCGUCCAGCGCAUGUUGGAUGCCGGUGAGAUCAAGCCGCAUCCCACUAAGCUGAGCGGGACCACCUUCGAACAUGUCAUUGAGGGCGUGGACCUGAUCAGGCAAAAGGCAGUUUCCGGACAGAAGCUUGUGUAUCAUAUUGCAGACCCUUGA